GAGGUGAUGCGUAGUCAGGUUGAUAUUCCAACCACUUUCUCAAAUUCCCCGCAACCGAAGCCAGCAAGCAACAAUAAAACAGCACGUGCACAAACCUAUUCCCAGAAUAUCCCCAGUCUCCCCCGCCCACGUAAAACUCCUUCCUUUUAAGCGCCCCCCACCUCAAAAGCCAAAUCUCUCCCAAACCAAACACAAAACCCAGCUGCAACCAUGCCGGCCGAAACUCCAACCCCCGCUACAACCCACCAAAUCAAGACCAUCGUGAUCCUGGUCCAAGAGAACCGCUCCUUCGACCACAUGGUCGGCUGGAUGAAGUCCCUCAACCCCAAAAUCGACGGCGUCACCGGCCAAGAGUCCAACCCCAUCUCCACCACCGACCCAAACUCCCUCGUCCGUUUCAACCAAAACUCCGAGUACGUAGACCCCGACCCCGGCCACUCAAUCCAAGCCAUCUACGAGCAAUACUACGGCGUCCCGUUCUCCCGGGCAAAACCCCCAACCCCCUCGACUCCCCCGACGAUGAACGGGUUCGUUCAGGAGGCGGAGAGAGAGCAGAAAGGCGUGGCUGAGGCUGUAAUGAACGGGUAGGCUGACGCUGUGCCCGUGUACAAGGAGUUGGUGCGGAGUUUCGCGGUGUGCGAUAGGUGGUUCGCGUCGAUGCCCUCGUCGACGCAGCCGAACAGGCUGUUCGUGCACUCGGCGACCUCGCAUGGGCUGACCAGCAAUGACACGAAGAGGUUGGUGGAGGGUUGCCCCAGAAGACGAUAUUCGAUUCGUUGGACGAGGCGGGGUUUGUCGUUCGGGAUUUACUAUCAGUACCCGCCGGCGACGCUCUUCUACAGGUGCGUUAGUUUGCGGUAUGCUUACUGGGUGGUGGUGAGUGGAGCUUAA